AGAUACAAUUGCGCCAACUUACCAAAUAAGGAUGGCUGAAAUUCCAACCUUGCAUUGUAACGGUUGAAGACGUGGGUGUCUCAUCUCUCCAUCUCCACACCCAAGAAAGGCAAUGAUUUUCAUACACUGCCCUGAAACCUCCACAAAUUUAGGUCUCCUUUGGGGAGGCUGCAUCUCUAAACCUUCAGCCAUUUCUCCUUCUUUUUCUCCGAGAAGUCUAAGGGAGAGUCUCUCAUUUUCUUUCCCCCUCCCUCCAAGAAAAAAAAAAAAAAAAACAGAAAAAUAUGGCUUCUUUCAAACAAAUUUUCCUUCUUUCCCUGAAAUCUUUUCUCGCUUAGGGUCCUUCAAUCAUAUUGGAGGACCCUUUUCUCUAACCCAUCUCCAUCAUUCCCUUUUCUCUAACCCAUUUCUAUCGUUCCCUUUUUCUCAAGUUUUUGCCUUUGUUCUUCCUUUUUUUGUAUUUUUUUUUAUUUGGCAAAUUCAAAAGUUUUCACCUCUGUAAGCCCUUGUUGCUGCAUAAUAUUUAUUUGUUUUCUUCAAGGAUCAAGCAAUGAAUUGCUUUUCGUGCUUCCAGUCACAGAAAAGCAGUAAAUCGCUUAGCAAGAGAGAGCAUGAGUCUCCUCCCAGUCCCAGAGAAGUCGCUGAGACCAACUCCCCUGAGACUAAGAAGCAAAAACCAGGAGAUGAAGACGCAAAUGAGGAAGCUAACCAAGUUGGCGAGGCAAAUGUUGCAGCAAAAGCAUUCAACUUUCGUGAGAUAGCCACUGCAACAAAGAACUUCCGCCAAGAAUGUCUGUUGGGUGAGGGUGGAUUUGGAAGAGUUUUCAAAGGGACACUAGCUUCAAAUGGCCAGGUAGUGGCUGUAAAGCAACUUGACAGGAGCGGACUGCAAGAGAACAAGGAUUUCCUCGCUGAGGUUACGAAGUUAAGUGCUCUACACCAUCCAAGUCUUGUCGAACUUGUCGGAUAUUGUGCUGAUGGGGAUCAGAGGCUUUUGGUAUAUGACUUCAUUAAGGGAGGUUCUUUACAAGAACAUCUACAUGAUGUAGCACCAGAAAAAGGGACACUGGAUUGGUUUACCAGAAUGAAAAUAGCAUUUGGUACUGCUGAAGGUCUAGAAUACUUGCAUGAUAAGGCCAAUCCUCCAGUUAUAUUUGGUGAUUUGAAACCCACAAACAUCUUGUUGGAUGAAGAUUAUACCUCAAAACUAUCAGAUUUUGGACUUGUUAAGUUUGGCCCUUCUGGGGACAGUGUUCCAUCAAGGUUAAUGGGAACCUAUGGUUACAGUGCUCCAGAAUAUGCAAGAGGAGGUGAAUUGACAAUGAAAUCAGAUGUAUACAGUUUUGGAGUUAUUUUACUAGAGCUUAUCACUGGAAGAAAAGCCAUAGACACCACAAAACCAAACGACGAGCAAAAUCUAGUUGCUUGGGCACAACCGAUAUUCCGGGACCCAAAAAGGUUUCCUGAUAUGGCAGAUCCAGUUCUUAAAAAGCACUUUCCAGAAAAAGAUUUGAAUCAAGCAGUUGCAAUAGCAGCAAUGUGUCUGCAAGAGGAAUCAGCAGCCCGACCAUUGAUGAGUGAUGUCGUAACAGCUUUAAGUUUUCUUUCAGUAGCUAAAGAUGAAAGCUUCCCUUCUCCUCCGCCCCCCUCAACCCCACCUUCAGCGGAAGUCGAUGGUAGUUCGGAAUCAAGUGAAGAAGAUUCAGAUAGUGAUGAUAGCAAUGAAGGUAGCAAAAAAUGGAGCAAGAACAGCAGGAGUGGUUCUUCACGUUGUGGAAGUAUUUCUUCGAGUCGCAGCAGCAGCGAGGAGUCGCAACAUCUUAAUAUCUCUUUAAGCCGCAAUAGCAGCAGGGGAUCUGAGGAGGGAAGUGUUUCUGAAGACGAGAAAAGCAGCAGAGACAUUGAUUCACCUGAUAGAACUGAAUCAUUAAGUCACAGGAGCAGUGUUUCUGGUGAUGAUUGUUAGCCUUACUAAAUGGAACUUUUCUUUUUAGAUCACACCAACAGGAGGAAAUCAGAAGAAGUUUGUGUUCAUCAAGAAGACCUUAAUCUGAUCACCAGCAUCAUUCUGCACACCUAGUUUGGCAGCUAGCAUAUUUCAUAGUUGGGGAGGUGAAAGAAAAUAUUCUUUUUUUAUUUGUUCUUUAUUUGUUGUGGGAAAGGCCACAGGCAGACAAAGUUUUCCACUAAGAUCCUUUUCUCUUAGCUUUUUGUGUCUCCAGACACAUUUUGUUCAUAUUAAACUGCUGAUGGUAUCCCUUUCCAUC